UUUACUGUAUAGAUCACUUGGGACAAAGUAGCACAGGCUUGUGGCAGUUUAGGGAAGUUCAGUUGACUUCACAUUGCUAAGCAAAAAUAUAUGCUAAAGCCAUUUGAUUAUCACCAGCCUAGAAAAAACAAUGAACUAAAAUUAGAAUAAAUAAUAAUUGUCUUCAUUAUUUAAUCAUUUAAUUAGUCUAACAUGAAUUGCUGAUGUAUUAGUACUUUUUAGCCCAAAGUAAGAGCUCGUCUUGCUCCACAUUUUCACAAAUGGCACAGAUGUCCAAAGAUAAAUGCUGGAGAAUUCGCCAUAGGCUAAUCUAGAUGACACCCAAGGGUGGAGCAUCAAGAUAGACUGUGUGCAUGUUCUCAGCAGAUAGGAGCUGGCUUGUCUUUUUUAAAGUACCAUUUUCUUCUAAGCCUAAAUUCAAAUGCAGCAUAAAUAUUAGGGCAUAUCUACAUCAAUUAGGGCAGGAACAUAACCGGCUUAACUGGCUAAAAAAUGAAUUGAAAUAGCACAUCAUUGGGUGAAGCAUGUCAUUGGCUGACUUUUUCUACGAAAGCAUCUCCAGUGUCACAGGGUUCAUUCAAAAGUGGCACUGCUUCUAUAGUGAGAUUUGUUUUAAAAUUCUCUACACAUAUUCUAGAUUUCAGAUAUUGGUAUCAUUCAAGGCUCACACAGAACACAAGAAUAAUUCAAUACACACUUAAAAAGAUGAUUCUUCAAGGGUUCUUUACUAAAGGCAAUGGUUCUAUUUAGAACCAUGAGUUCUUUGUAGAUCCAUUUUUAUUGCUAAAUAGGUCUUUGCAUGGUGAAAUAGUUCUGUAGAUUGAUGGAGAAUGUGUUAUAAUAUUUUUGAAAAUCGUUCUAUAUAUUACUUGUUAGAAACUUGACAUCAUAACAGUAGAAGAACCCUUUUUGGUGCUAUAUAGAUUUUUGCAUUUUGUUAACUUAUUACUUCUGUUAACUCAAAUUUUUUAAAGAAAAAUCACUUUUUAAAAUAAAAACAUUGAAUGAUUUCAGUGUGAAACUCCAAUAGUAAGUUAACAAGAAGAACACAUAAUGGUAACAUAAGUGGACUUAACAAGAGUUGAAAGGUUAAGACAGAAAAAAAGUGUAUUAUUUAAAUAGUGAAAUUAAGCUGAAAGACAGGAAACGAAAAGAAAUAGCUUUAUACUUCUUUUUGAACAAAAUUUCAAAGAUGAAAGAGGAAUGAAACUAGAUGAGAAGAUCAGGGACACAAAACGAAUAGACAUUGACAUUGAGAUGGCAGCUACAUCAAAUUUUGUAGCUUCAAAACUGUAUGAACAGCAGAAAUUUAAUAAUGAACCUUGUCUGUGAAGUUAAGAAUCCAGCAAUUAAAAGGUGAAAGAUUAACAGUGGAUCAAGAUAAAAUAAUAUAAGAACAUAUAUAAUGUGUAGAUUGCCCAUUCCCAACACUAUUCUUCUCAAAUUCAUUUCACAUUGAACAAUGUUGCAACACACCAGAACUAGCGAUUCCCAGUCCUGGUUCUGGAGGACCUCUCUGCUGUGCUCUGUUCUGCUUUUGUCUUUUUUUUAUAUUUUAUGUUCCCACAUCCCAGCAAAGUCUAACCAUCUUUGAUGUUUUUUUCAAGCAACAUGAGGCAACAUGAACUGACAUUAACUUUUUUUGCAGCUACCAGUUAGCUUGACAGAUGACCAUAAAACUGGCUUUUAAACAAAGUAAUUUUGCUGUUAAUGUCAAACAAAGAAGUAUAAAGUUUCCAAAGAGCUACAUUACCCAAAGUAGGUAUUUAACAAUGUUUAAAACAAUGUUUCAGGCAUCAGGCAGAGUUUUCAAUACCAUUUCUGUGUAAUAUCUUUCUGUGAUGGAACUUUUAGAGGGAUUAAGCUCUUUAAAGUUAAUUCUACCAAAUUUUAAAACUUUCCACAAGUCGUUUGCUGUCAUCAACAUUGAUAUAAACCUCAGUAGACACAUGUAAGUACAAAAUGGCUAUAUUUGUGUUGUAGACAUGGAGACCCCUGGUUGAACCAUUUCACAUCAAACCACUCUGAAUGACUUUGUCUACAUCUCAACAGCUAAAUUAUACAGAAAUUCAAGCUGCCUCCAAAACCACAUACUAUACUACACAUUUUACGCUAAUGAAUGUACUUCUGUUGGUGGUGUACUAUUUUUAAAGCUACUAUUUAGUGUGAUAGUAUGAGGUUUUGGAUACAGCCUUAGAGUUUCCUUCAAGAUUACAAUAUGAGAUGCAGUCUUUCCAAGAUAAAGUCGAGGGAGGGGUCUUAACAGCUCAGUAUGUCUUUGGUCCUGAGUGGUCAGUGCAUAUAAAAAGCCGUGACAGGAUUUUUUGGCACGCUUUCAACAGCUAAGAACAAUGAGUCUUACCGCAAAGGAUAAAGCCACAGGGAAGGCUUUCUUUAACAAAGUCAGCCCCAUGGCUGAGCAGAUUGGUGAGGAGGUCCUCUCCAGGACUUUGACCGUCUAUCCUCAGACAAAGACUUACUUCUCCCACUGGAAAGACCUGACCGCAGGUUCAGCACAAGUGAGGAAGCAUGGACUGACCGUGCUGCAGGGCGUCCUCCGUGCUGUUGAAUUGAUAGAUAACCUGAAGGAAGGCCUCCUUAACCUCAGCGAGCUCCACGCCUUCAUACUGCGAGUGGACCCUGCAAAUUUCAAGAUCAUCUCGCACAAUAUCCUUGUGGUGCUUGCCAUGCUGUUUCCAGAUGACUUCACCCCCGAGGUGCACGUGGCGGUGGACAAAUUCCUUUCACAAGUUAACCUGGUCCUGUCUGAGAAGUACCGUUAAGAAUGACACUGUAUUUGUCUUAAAUAUGAAUUAAAAAAUAAAGCAAGUUGUUAAAACCAAAAA